CCCCUCGCCACCCAUUCAUGCGCCGCCCUCUCACCUGUGUGCACGUGUACGAGUGUGUGUCUGUGUCCUGGUACCCCAGCAACCCUCCUUGUCUUGUCCUUCCAACCCUCCCGUGUCCCGACCCCCAGUCAGUGCGUGGAGUGAGCCCCGACAGAACACAGUGAGUGGCCCUACACGACGCAUCACCUUCAGCCUGUCUCGUCCCCCUCUGCAUCGCCACCUCCCUCACCACAUUCCGCGCGACCAACGAAAUGAAAGCCUGGCUAAGACUGCUGGUGCUGGCGGCGGCGGGGCUCGCCCUCUGCUCGGCCUUCCCGGAGAAGCUGGACGCCCUCGAUGACCACCUGGAUGACGACGAGUACGAGGAGGAGGACAAGAGGCCGUACAGCUUCUCGUGGGCCGCCUCCCGCCACUACAACGGCGCCCCCGACCGGGAACACCAGGAGCAGCGGGGCGAAGACGGCAUCACCCGCGGAGUGUACAGGUACGUGGACCCUCGCUUCAAGGUGCAGGAGAUCGUCUACUACUCCGACGGCGAGGGCUUCCACGUGCAAGCCUCCAACCUGCCCAAGGACACGCUGGCGGUGCAGAAGGCCAGGAACCGCCAUCAGGACCUCUUCGAGAAAAUCCGACAGGAACACGCUCGUAUCGCAGCGGAGAGGGCCUUGCUGGAGUCCGGGGAGCACCAAUACACGAACUGAGCGACACCCGGCGACGCAAGUCACACCCGAGGUCUGUGUCUGUCACCGUAGACUUUAUAGGAACACAGACCUUGGCCGCGACGAGGACGCCAAGAUGUGGACCCAAAACACACAUCUUCUCGUGUGAAGGAUAAACAUCUUAACUAUUUGUAAUGUUACACUCUCUUUGGGGACGAACGUGAAUUGAGUCGUGUGUACAUGCAGCGAGGAAGGAUUGAAAAUUCUGUGACUGGUGAUUAAAGUAAGUUAAAAUUAUUUACAAAGAAGAGUUCAAUAAAAACGAGUAAGAUUUUGAUAACGCCUCCGUCCCACUAAAAUGAAACACACACACACACACAUAUACACACACACUUGUUUACUGGACGCGUCACAAGCUAAACAAACCGAAAAGUCUCGGUUCUCAAGAGCAUGUGUUCGCCUUUUCUGCCUAACUUCAUUCUUUCCUUUUUUGUUACGUAUCUUUCUACAUCACCCCCUUCACAUUGAACUAAGACACACUUAUUUAUGUGAGCUUGUUUUCGGUUAUCUAAUGGUUAGUGAGAGGACAGAGUGAACAGAGGCAUGUAUCUAUCAGUGACGGCAGGGUUGUGUGCGAGGGGCGGGAGGCCGACCUUCAGAACAACACAAACAAUGAACAACUACACUAAACAACACGACUCAAGCUUCCGCCACGCCAGUCACUAAUUAGAACAUUCUCGCGAACGUGAUAACCACCCAUAAAAAUCACUUAAUAUUUAUGUUAUUUAUUACUUAAUGCUAUCGUGAUAAACAAAUCCACCAAGAAAACACCUGUGAACGUAAUAAAAAUAUACUCUCGCAUUGAUCAAAUACACAGGUAAAGCAAUUACUAACAUAAAGGUGAAUCACUGGUCUAUUUAACUUUAAUUUCCUCUCAUUCUUACGUUUGUCCUCCGUAGUGCAAUAAGACAUCCAUUAAGACGAAUUCACAGCCAUUUCAACUCAUCAGACAUCAGCGUUAGGCACCUUUUCUUUCAUUCCUUGGUGACGGAAGCGACGGGGUGAGAACAAACAAGUUAUUCGCAUCUCACUCACCCCCACGCGUUGCCUCAUGACAUUAUAAUCUUAUUUAACAUCAUCGAGUUACGCUUUCAGCACCACGCUCACCCAUCGCCACCAUUCGCCUCUAUUAUCCCCCAGUCAUCUAGUGGAAAUUCAGAGCAUCUUUCAGAAUUCACUUCCGGUUCCCAUUCCCGCCCACUCAUCCACGGUCUGUAGCUCUUCAUAUAUUGUUCAUGUCAGUGUACGCUGUGUAAUCUAUAUAUACGUCUUAAUAGUAGGUACUGUUUAUAGCCUCAUAUAUUGACAUGCAUUAUGUAUUCUGUAUCACUGCGUUGUCUCUAAGUCUCUCCGGGGACGCAAGGUUCCAGUGCCCGGGCAGGUGAAGAGAUGCGUGAGUGACCAUUCUGUAGCAUCAUUAAAAUAUAUACAAAAUCA